AUGUAUGAAGCAAGCCGAGAGCUUGUGUGGUUGAGGAAUAUGACCGGCCAUAUCUUAAAGGAGAGUGGCUUGGCCGUGGGAAAAGAAAAGGAAGAACCAACGAUCAUCUGUGAGGACAAUGUAGCCUGUAUAGCUCAGCUCAAAGAUGGAUACGUUAAGGGAGAUAGAACGAAACACAUCUUGCCUAAGUUCUUCUUCACCCACGACCUGCAGAAGGCUAAAGAAGUUGAAGUGGUUCAAGUUCGGUCCAGUGACAAUUCGGCCGAUCUGUUCACUAAGUCUCUGUCAACCUCAACGUUCAAGAAGCUGGUUCAUCAGAUAGGAAUGCGCCAGUUGAAGGAUCUUCAAUGA